AUGAGGAGGCAAGAAAACCAGGCUCCCAUACCAACAACAGACUGGCGCUCUGUGCCACUCUUCAACCAGAAGAAAAGAAACAGGAUUCCACUGACCUCCACUCCCUCUGAGAAUGAAUUCUUCUCUCACAGUGAAUUCAUGGCAAGCUCCAGCUCAGCCACAUCUCAACCAGGCGGGUACCCCCAGGCCUCCGGUCCCUCUCCUGGUGGUUUUCAAACCCUCCAGUGGAACAAGAAGAUACCCCCUCAGUCCUCUCCAUCCCAGCAGUAUGGCAGCAACAGACCUGCUCCGGGACCGACUCCUGCAGCCAGAGCAUGUGGCCUGAUGCCACAUCCCUCUGCGAUGGGACUGUCCAGCAACCCGGUCAGACAGCAGGACUCCAACUUUAAUUUCAAACAGAACAAAUAUCCACAAAGUGCCCCAAGCAAGCCGGCCCCGCAUGCAGGCCUCUCUCAGAAGGGUCAGCAGCCUUACAGACCACCAAAUUCUGUACAACAGUACUGCCAGCCGAGGCCUCCUCCUCCUCCCGCUGCUGCUCCUGUUGCUGUCCUGCCACCCAGGAAACCCUCUGCUCCCACUGCACAGCCUCAGAAAAACUCCUGGAAGUUCACCAACAGCUUUGAGGCACUGGGCUCUUCCUUUGAGGGGAAAAUGAGUACAAAACAAUCCCAGACUGUGAAGCAAACUCCGUCUCAGCAGGGGAAACUUCCCAUGAAGCCAGCAGUGGAGAACUCACUGAGGAUCCUGACUGCAGUGAUCGAGGGCAUGAGACACUGGAGCAAGUUUAAAGACAGAGUGCCGUACUUGUUUGAAAUAUUUGCCACUCUGGACUCUGCAGUCACACUGGGUCGUUAUGGAGCCAAGAGCUUCCUCAUGAGGGAUGGGAAGGACGUCGUGCAGUGUGUCUUCUAUGAAAAUGAGUGGGUGUUGCCCCGCCUCAUCCGCGGUCAGGUCCAUCGCUGCGUGGGGAACUACGACCGCAGCAGAGACGUCCUGGUGUGUGUGUCUGUCCGGCCCGGCCUGCCGUCGGAGCUGAGGAACGCUCUGGAAGCUGUCAAAGCCUGUGAUGCUGAAAUGAGGGUGCUGGUCAAGUCCUUCAGUGAGGUCUGA